AUCUAAAAGCGCUUGCACACUUCCAAAAUUUUGGGCGAGCAGCGAAUUUUCAUGGCCUUGAAACUCAUAUUACUAAAUAUGAUUGGCUCUACAAAAAGCUGCGUGAAAAUGUACUUUGUCAGAGCCAAUCAUAUUUAGUAAUGUGCAUUUCAAGGCCGUGAAAAUUCGCUGCUCGCCUAAAAAUUUGGAAGUGUGCAAGCGCCUUAAAUGUUCAAAUACACCAUUGACAGAUAUUCGUGCCAUUUCUCUUGGAGGUAAAAUGAGUUUAUAACAGAGGGACAAACAAGAAGACUAUAUACAGGAGGAACAACUCGAGUAUUUCCGAUGGUCCCGAUUUUAACGGACGAUUGGGUGUACUACCCCGAGGCGCACUAGUCUUCUGCACAUCUCAACACAUGCAUAACUGUGUAUAUUUUAUAUAUAUUCCAUCUGACAGCUGUAACAGCUGCAAGUUUUUAUUAUCCCCUCAUAUUGAAUAAUAAGUGUAAAUAUUAAGUGAACUUAAUAUUUUUAAUACAGAAAUUUCUAAUAAAAGUGAGAAGUGUAUUUAACACUAGUGUUUUUAAUUAUGAUUCGUAUUGAUGAAGAGUGUUAAUUUAAAUAAUAAAAGUUGUAAUGGGAUUUUCAUAACCAUUUUUUAUCUUACAAUAAAAAAAAGGGCAUGUUAUAUUAUAAAUUAUUAUCUAUCCUAUUGUAAUAUAUAAUUUAUUAUAUAUUUAUUAUUGCUGCAAUUAUAUUUAUUUCUGUUAUAGCAUUGUAUUUGAGGUUAACCAUAACCUCCAAAGAGGAAUUUUUCCAACUGAACUAAGUUUUCGGAUUUAACGCUCUACGAUAUUUCAAAGAUUUUAAAAGAGAUUUAUAAAUUAUAAAAACUAAUAAAGAUGAAAUCAAGCAAAAAUAUUUCAGAAGAUACAAACUCUUUUAUGGCAUUUCAUUUAGUGUUUUCAAAAUCAACUGUCACAGAACUUGCACAUAACCAAGAAAAUUGUAAACAAAACAAACACACAUUAUUUAAAGAUACACAGAUAGAGUUUAUACAGUUAUGCAUGUGUUGCGAUGUGCAGAAGACUAGUGCGCCUCGGGGUAGUACGCCCAGUCGUCCGUUAAAAACGGGACCACUGCUCUCUAUGAACAAGCAGCUUUCUGCAAGUGGACAGAGACACCAAAAGAUGUCGAAUCAACCUCAAGGCAACCAGAGACGAGGAAACAAUUGAAAUUGACUUUAAAUUGCUUCAAGACUUGCUAUCAUUAAAAGAAUUGUCAAUUAAUUAAUUAAUUAAUUAAUUUGCAGGAUAUAAAAUUUUAAAAAAAAUGUAUAUUAUAUUUUUAUAUAAUAAUAUAUAAUACACUGUAAUA